GUAAAAGUUCGGGCGAAGCUGGCCGUCUCUCAUUAAACCCUAAUACCCUCUGCCUCUGCCUCUGCCUCUGCCUCUGCCUCUCUCAAAAACAUCUCAGUGAAGAAAGAAUGUCGAUUCCUUGUCUGACCGAAGAGACAGCCAAAUCAGUGCUACGCCAGGUGGAGUUCUACUUCAGUGAUAGUAAUCUCCCGAUUGAUGAUUUCCUCAAGAAGACUGUUAGAGAGAGUGAAGAUGGAUUGGUUAGUUUGGGGUUGAUUUGUUCCUUCAGUAAGAUGAGAGCGUAUUUGAAGUUGGGUGAUUCCAAAGGAGAUGACGUUCCUGAAGAUACCAUCAAAGCUGUUGCUGAUACUCUUCGCACCUCCAAGGCUCUCAAGGUUUCCGAAGAUGGGAAAAAGGUGGGUAGGAGUACAGAACUGUUGAAGCUAGAAGAUUUGAUUGAACAGCUUAAUGCUAGAACUGUAGCUGUUUCACCCUUCUCGUAUGAUGUUAAGAGGGAAGACGUGGAAGCCUUUUUCAGUCAGUACGGAAAGGUUAAUAGUGUGAGGAUGCCUCGUCAUGUAGCUGAGACGAGAGUGUUUUCUGGUGUUGCCUUGGUUGAGUUCCCUACUGAAGAGGAGGCCCAGAAUGUUAUGAAGCAAAAUUUGGUCUUUGCUGGUCUCGAGUUGGAGAUGAAAACAAAGAAAGAGUUUGAUGAUGAAAGGGAGAAAGAUGCAGAAAAGUUUGCUAACUACCGUCCUCAAAAGGCUUCUGCAAAUCAGAAGAAUGGCUCUGAUCAUAGGAACGGUUCUGAAUCCGAGGCAAACUAUCCCAAGGGUUUGAUCAUUUCCUUCACUCUAAAGCGCUCGACUGAAGAAGGUGCUAAAGAAAAGAGUUCUGAGGAGGCAGCUGAUAAAAAAAUGGAGGAAAGCGAAUCAAAGCCGGAAGAUAAUCCUGCUGCGGACAAAGAAAACACUGAUCAGGCACAGGGACAAGGAACAGAGGGGGAAGAUGAUGAUGGUGAGAAAGAAGAAAAGGGUGGUGCUCUAGCGACCCAUAAGGAUAAUAAAGAUGUUGUCUUGCGUGAAGAUCUUAAGGCCGUUUUUGGGAAAUUCGGUGAUGUCAAGUUUGUUGAUUUCAAGAUGGGAUCUGAGACGGGUUACCUAAGGUUUGAUGAACCAGAAGCAUCCCAGAAAGCCCGUGCUGCUGCAGUAUUAGCUAAAGAAGGCGGACUAGCCGUGAAGAAUUUUAUAGCUGUCCUCGAACCUCUUACAGGCGAAGCUGAAAAGGAGUACUGGGGUCUUCUUCGCAGCAAAGACAGGUUUGACAAGGGUGGCCGUGGAGGAAGGGGAGGAAAACGAGGAGGAAGAUUCGGGAGAAAGAGGGGAUCUGAUUCCCCCGGUGGUCGCUGGAACAAAUCUCAGAAGGUUGAAGCAUGAUUACACACUUUGUUUCUACUCUCGUUUUCUCUUUUUAUAGCUCGUGACUUGUUGCUUCUCAAUCUAUGUGUAACCUCACAGCCGAAACCUUUUAUCAUCUACUUGUUACAUGUUGUGAUGCUAUAACUAUUAAGUCAGCAAUUAAAUUUUGCUUAGAUCA